UGCUCAUUACAGAGCUAGAGUCACAGAUAGGGUGAAACGAAGAAAGAGAGGACACAGGGAAUUUAUGCGAAAAGUCUUAUCAGCAGCAUUGUGUGGUAACUAAAGGCUCUCACUCACAUACUUCUAAAGGAACUGAGGCAAAAUACAUUUAUCACUGUAGCUGUCUCUCAUAUAGACACAUGCACACAUACACACAACCCAACUCUCAGGAUGCCUAAGAUAUGGGCCUUUAUUACGGAUUUCUUCACCUACGAGACGACCAAGUCGGUGGUGGUGAAGAGCUGGUCUGUUGGAAUCAUCAACCGCGUCGUACAACUACUCAUCAUCAUCUACUUCCUAUGUUGGGUCUUUUUACACGAAAAGGCGUACCAGGUGAGAGACUCGGGCAUCGAGUCUUCUGUCAUGACCAAGGUGAAGGGCUUCGGUUACCAUAACAACCGUGUGAUGGAUGUGGCGGACUAUGUCGCCCCUACACAGGGUGCCGCAGUGUUCUGCAUCAUCACCAAGCUCAUCAUCACAGAGAACCAGUUCCAAGGAUUCUGCCCGGAGAGUGGAAGCAAGUACAAGUGUAACACGGAUGAAGAGUGCGACAAGUAUUUGGGGAGCUCCACUGGAAACGGAAUAAUAACUGGUGCCUGUGUGAACUCCUCUAGAGGACGACGCUGUGAGAUGGAGGGUUGGUGCCUUGCAGAGGACGACAAAGUCAACAUGCAACCAAUGAUGGAAGUGGAAAACUUCACCAUCUUCAUCAAGAAUAGUAUCCGCUUCCCUAUGUUCAACGUUACCAGAGGGAACUUCCCAUCAUCCCUGAAUGCGACUUAUAUCAGGAGCUGUACGUAUGACCCGGAGCACAACCGCCACUGUCCCAUCUUCAAGGUGGGAGAAGUGCUGCGCUACACAGGACAGAACUUCUCCACCAUCGCUCAGACAGGUGGAGAGAUUGCGAUCAACAUUGAAUGGCAGUGCAAUCUGGAUGAGUCAGAAGAGAGAUGUGAACCACACUACUCCUUUACGCGACUUGAUGCUGUGUUUCAGAAGAACGGCAUCGCUAAGGGUUACAACUUCAGAUUUGCCAAAUAUUACAAAAAUGAGAAUGGGACGGAGUUCCGCACUCUCCACAAGGCCUACGCCAUCCGCUUUGACAUCCUGGUCACUGGCCUCGCAGGGAAGUUCAACACAGUUCCUACUCUGAUCAACGUAGUGGCAGCCUUUACCUCUGUGGGACUGGGUACGGUCCUCUGUGAUAUCAUUCUUCUGAACUUCCUGAAGGGGGCAGACCAAUACAAAGCCAAGAAAUUUGAGAUGGUCUCUGAGUCACAGUUACAGAUAUUACUCUCUUGCAGCCAGCUGUCAAUCCAACCAGAGGAGAAGAUUUCAGACGACUCGGGAACUGUCUCCCUCUGCCUGGACCAGCAGCUUUGAGUGAUUUGAGGCAGGGUUUGUUAGAAGUUAAUGGGGAUUUAUUUUUAUUUCAUUUUUAAUUUUUUUUCUAGUAGUACAGAAUUAGGCAAACCAUGAUUGAUGGCACACUCCAGCACAGUAGGUGGCGGCGUGCACCUUAAACGUUUGUUUGGGGACCGCCAUUAUACCGAAGAAGGAGAAGAAGAAGAAGAAGAAGAAGAAGAAGAAGAAGCUUUGAGUGACAGUCCACAUCAACCCAACGGAAGAGAGGAGGAUCCUCCCACACUUCCUUAGUUUAUCAGCAGCUGUUGAUAUGUUCCAUGUUCGUGUGGGUGAAGCAGUGGAGAUUUUAGCAUGUAAAUCUUGAUGGGGCAAACUCCCCAAAUUGUUUUUAGAUGCAUGCCAGCAAAGACACUACACAACACAACACUAAACAAUACAUUAAUUACACUAUUACGGCGACAAGCGGUGCCCACAAACUGUUAGGGCCUACAUAAAGCUGUCCCAACAGCAGAGCCCCAACAGCAGAGCUUUCUUUCCAGCACAAUGGAGUGAAUCCUUACCACCACUACACCUGGCUAUCAGCGGAGCCUUGUCUGGCAACGAAACUAUUAAUUCAGCCUUGUUUACUGCUUUUAAAAAAAACAUAGCUGAUAAAACAAAUGUGGUAUCUACUGACAAUUAAGAUGUCCAAACUAUGGUAUAAGGGAACGACGAGCGGAUAAGAGGCAUUCCGUAAUUUCGAUUAAGACAUUAAUGAGUGAGCGGCAACGGACGUAGUCAAUAUAACUAUGUGUUCAGCACUUUUGAAAUGUACAGCGACAGAAUGCAGAACAUGGGCUGCUCUUACAGUAUUUGCCCUGUACACCAAGUCAGAACCGUAGGAUAAAUGAAGGGGGCAUAUAAGCAGACAAUGAAACCUCUUACAAUAUUAGAUGAUGACAUUUCUCAAAAACAGGUUAUAGGCUACAUGUGCAGCACCAUCGAGUCAGAACAGUAAUGUUAAGCGAAAUUAGAGGUGAAAAUAGACCAAAUUAUUAGGGUGAGGAACAUGGGCUACUAACAGCUUACAACACAACAUACACUUAGUAUUACUUCCUUAGCUAUAGUAUACAUAUCUCCCUUGCGUAUUACAUAAUUUAUGCAGCAGCAUACAAGACAUUUUUGAUCUCACCUUGGCUUGUGAUGUGCUCACUUAAACAUGAAGGUGGCGUGGCAUUUUUGUCAUCAAACUUUGUCAUCAAAGUCUGGCAUUCUCUGGAUUUAUGGUGGGAACUCACAGCCACUCCAUUGAAUAGCAGGCUACUGGUUGCAUUGCAAUGCUUGCAGUUAGCC